AUGCAGCCAGGGUUCACGUGCGAGCUGAACAACACGCCGGUUACAGCCCGCGACCUGCAAACGCUGAUGCCCGGCAAGUGGCUGAACGACGAGGUCAUCAACUUUUACAUGCAGCUGAUUAUGGGCCGCUCAGCCAAUGCAGGAGGCGGAAAGGCAGCGUCACUGCCUAAGGUGCACGCGUUCAAUACGUUCUUCUUCUCGACGCUGCGCGAAAACGGCUAUGCGCGCGUCAAGCGGUGGACCAGGCGCAUCGAUGUUUUUGCCAUGGACCUCGUUGUCGUGCCCGUGCACCUGGGUGUGCACUGGUGCUGCGCCAUCGUGGAUUUCGGGCAGCGCAGCAUCCGGUACUACGACGCGCUUCUAGGCGAAAACACCGAAUGCCUCGAGUUGCUGAUGGAGUACCUGCGGUUGGAGAGCAGGGAUAAGCGUGGCGGCAAGGUGUUUGAUGAGCAAGGGUGGGCGAUGACGUGCGAGAAAGACAUUCCGCGGCAGCAGAACGGGUACGACUGUGGUGUUUUCGCUGUCGCAUUUGCUGAGCACAUUGCGCGCGGCGCUGAGCUGGACUUUGCGCAGGAGAACUGCGCCUUUCUGCGCCGCAAAAUGGUCUAUGAGAUCGCCACCAAGGCACUGCUGCAUUGA